AAACAGAAACUUGACUUCGGACGCUUCAAUUCCUGUCGACAAUUUGGGAGACUGCAGUUCAAAAGGCUAGUAAACGGUGAAGGAUGGAGGAAACUAGCUCUACACCCAACACGAAGAGUGAUGAGUGUGUGGGUCCAGGGAAAAACUUUGCAGGAAGAGACUCUUCUGCUGUACAGAAGGAGGAAGAUGGCUCUAAAAGGAGCUCUCACUCCCCUACACCAACCGCGAAGAGUGAGGAGUGUAUGGGUCAAGCAAAAACCUUUACAGGAGGAGAUUCUUCUGCUGGACAUGUCCAGCAGGGGGCGUCAGGCACACAGUCCAAGAGGACAGACAAGACCAGACAAGAGAAGGACUCUGCCUCAGAACACAGAUGGACACCAGAGGAGGCAGAGAUCCAUGAGAAACUCAGAUCUACUCUGAAGAGCAAGUUUCAGCAGCUGGUUGAGGGAGUACCAAAUCAGGGAGACCCCAGACUCCUCCAAGAGAUCUACACAGACCUCUACGUCACAGAGGGGGGAGGAGGAGGAGGGGUCAGUUAUGAACAUGAGGUCAGACAGAUAGAGAGGGCAUCCUGGAGAAGAGAAGCACAGGACAGACCAAUCAAAUGCAGUGACAUCUUUAAUCGCUUCCUGGAAGAGGAAAGACGCAGAAAAGAACACUUCCUGGAAGAAGAGAGAAGAAUCUCUGAGCCCUUUCACAGACAACACAAACACCUCAGAACAACAGUGCUGACAAAGGGAGUGGCUGGCAUUGGGAAAACUGUCUCUGUGCAGAAGUUCAUUCUGGACUGGGCUGAAGGAACAGCCAAUCAGGAAGUCCACUUCAUAUUUCCUCUUCCUUUCCGGGAGCUAAACUUGAUGAAGGAGGAGAAACUCAGUCUGGUGGAUCUUAUUCAGCACUUUUUCCCAGAAAUCAAAGAUUCCAGAAUAUUCUCCAGUUCAGAGAACAGAGUCAUGUUCAUUUUUGAUGGUCUGGAUGAGUGUCGACUUCCUCUAGAUUUCCUCUCCAACCCGAGGUGUUGUGAUGUGACAGAGCCAGCCUCAGUGGACGUGCUGCUGACAAACCUCAUCGAGGGGAAUCUGCUUCCUUCUGCUCUCCUCUGGAUCACCACCCGACCAGCAGCAGCCAAUCAGAUUCCUUCAAAGUGUGUGGACCAGGUGACAGAAAUAAGGGGAUUCAAUGACCAACAGAAAGAUGAGUACUUCAGGAAGAGAAUCAGUGAUGAGAACCUGGCCAGCAGAACAGUCACACACCUGAAGUCAUCCAGGAGCCUCUACAUCAUGUGCCACAUUCCAGUCUUCUGCUGGAUUACAGCCACUGUUGUAGAGAGAACAUCAGAAUCGGAGAACGUAAAAAUGCCACGGACUCUCACUCAAAUGUACACACACUUCCUGAUAGUUCAGACAAGCAUCAAACAGAAGUACACAGAGAGAAAAGAGACAGAUGAAGAGGUGAUAUUCAAACUUGGGAAACUGGCUUUCCAACAGCUGGAGAAGGGCAAUCUGAUCUUCUAUGAGGAGGACCUGAGAGAGUGUGGCAUUGACGUCACAGAAGCAUCAGUGUACUCAGGAGUGUGUACUCAGAUCUUCAGAGAGGAGGCUGGGCUGUACCAGGGGAGGGUGUUCAGCUUUGUGCAUCUGAGCAUCCAGGAGUUUCUUGCAGCUCUGUAUGUGUUCCUCUGCUUCAGCAACAGACAGAGAAACAUGCCUGACCAACAGCAAACCUCUCAGCUCUCUGCUCUGUUCAGAGCUGCAACACUUCAUGACCUACACAAGACUGCAGUGGACCUGGCCUUACAGAGUAAGAAUGGACACCUGGACCUUUUCCUCCGCUUCCUUCUGGGCCUCUCACUGGAGUCCAAUCAGAAUCUCUUAAAGCACCUUCUGCCACAGAGCAGUAGCCAAUCAGAUAGCUCAGAGCAAACAGCCCAGUAUGUCAAACAGAAGAUCAGAGAUCAGAGGAGCUCAGACAGAGAUGAAGAUGAAGAUGAUUCCAUCAGAGAUGAAGAUGUAUAUAAUUCAAACAGAGAUGAAGAUGUAUAUAAUUCAAACAGAAGGAUCAACCUGUUCUACUGUCUGAAUGAGCUGAAUCACCAUGCUGUAGUGGAGCACAAAAUGAGCACAGAUAAUCUGCAUGUAGAGAUGCUCUUACCUGGACAGUGGGAGACUAAGAAAUUUCAGUUUAAGAUGUCAGAGGAGCAGCUGGCUGAGUUUGACCUGCAGAAGUACAUAAAGACACCAGAGGAAGAUCAGACUGAACUCCUCAGUCCAGAGGAAGUUCUUCAGAAGGUGCUGCCAGGAGUCACAUCAGCUCUGCUGCAGGGCUGUGAGCUGACAGAGAAGAGCUGUUCCUAUCUGGCCUCUGCUCUCACAUCACUCUCCUCAAGACUCAGACUGCUGGACCUGAGUGGGAAUUAUUACCUGUGGGACUCAGGAGUGGAACUUUUAUGUUCUGCUCUUUCUCAUCAAAACUGCAAACUGGAGGAACUACAGCUGCAGAACUGUAAGCUGACAGAGAAGAGCUGUUCCUAUCUGGCCUCUGCUCUCACAUCACUCUCCUCAAAACUCAGACUGCUGGACCUGAGUUGGAAUGACCUGCAGGACUCAGGAGUGGAACUUUUAUGUUCUGCUCUUUCUCAUCAAAACUGCAAACUGGAGGAACUACGCCUGCAGCGCUGUUUCCUGCAACAGAAGAGCUGUUCCUAUCUGGCCUCUGCUCUCACAUCACUCUCCUCAAGACUCAGACUGCUGGACCUGAGUGGGAAUCACCUGCAGGACUCAGGAGUGGAACUUUUAUGUUCUACUCUUUCUCAUCAAAACUGCAAACUGGAGGAACUACACCUGCAGCGCUGUUUCCUGCAACAGAAGAGCUGUUCCUAUCUGGCCUCUGCUCUCACAUCACUCUCCUCAAGACUCAGACUGCUGGACCUGAGUGGGAAUCACCUGCAGGACUCAGGAGUGGAACUUUUAUGUUCUACUCUUUCUCAUCAAAACUGCAAACUGGAGGAACUACAGCUGCAGAACUGUAAGCUGACAGAGAAGAGCUGUUCCUAUCUGGCCUCUGCUCUCACAUCACUCUCCUCAAGACUCAGACUGCUGGACCUGAGUUGGAAUGACCUGCAGGACUCAGGAGUGGAACUUUUAUGUUCUACUCUUUCUCAUCAAAACUGCAAACUGGAGGAACUACAGCUGCAGAACUGUAAGCUGACAAAGAAGAGCUGUUCCUAUCUGGCCUCUGCUCUCACAUCACUCUCCUCAAGACUCAGACUGCUGGACCUGAGGAACAAUAUGUUUGGCUUUGAGAAUAAACUGAGUGACUCAGCUGUAGAGGAGCUCUCUGCUCUAGUGAAGGACCCACACUGUAAACUGGAGGAACUAAAAGUGAAUAGGUGUACCUUCAGAAAGGAGAGUCCAGCAGCAGCAGCAGCCUCCACUAGCAGCUCCCACUCAGAUGCUGCAGAGCUGCACCUCAGACACAAAGCCCAGCAGGACCCAGGAGCACAGCUGCUCUCUCUGGACACUCACAAGGAGGAGCACCACAGUGAUGCCCCACAGAGGAGCUGUGAAUCCUGUGCUGAAGUUCCAGACUCCAGCCACUGGGUCCUGAUGAAGCCUGAAGUCUCCACAGAGAAGAGCGUCUCCACCUACAGCCUGAGCUCUCCUGCAGGGAGCUAUGAGUGCUCAGAGUCUGGUCUGCGCUGGACGUGUGCUGGUCCAGUCACCCUGCAGUACUGCUUCAUGGACUGGCAUGCCUUUGCUGAAGAGCUGGCCCACAUGCAGUCCAGACCAGCUGGUCCUCUGAUGGACAUCAUGCUCAUGUCAGGUGAGCUGGAGGAGAUCCAUCUGCCACAUUUCCUCUGUUUGGGGGGUUGUGAGGCGCCUGUGCGUGAUGCUGUGAGGGUCCUGCAUGGGCGGGACAGCGGAGUGUGUGUGGAGGAGUGUGAGCUGACCCGACACCAUGCCAGACUUCUCCACCCAAACCUCUCUCCUCUUGGAGUUAUUUAUAACCUCUUCAAAUCCCUGCUGUCUCCCAUGAGGGUCCACUCAGAAGUGCUGGUCUACCAGAGCAGCACGAUGCCCGUUUUCCGCACCUACCUCCUGCCUGAGGAUGCCCAUCUGAAGCAGCUGGUGGAGAGAGAUGAGGAGAAAUUAGGGGGCGUUUGGAGGUCAAAACCUCAGCCAGUCAGGGCCCUUCAGAUGGACGGCUUCUACAGCCUGAGGACUGACAGUUCCUCUGAGAUCUACCCAGAGGAGCUGAUGCUGAGGUACAGCGCCACCACCCCCAACUUCUUUGAGGUUUAUGAGGCUGCUGCCUCCUUCCACAUGGAGCUGUUCAGCUCUGCGGACAGCAGGGGGCAGUGUGUGUGGAGAGCAAAGUUUCAGUCCAGUGACGACAGAGCAGAGACUCAGGAAAUGACCAGGAUCACUCCCACUGAAGGUCGGAGCAGCAGUCAGACUGUGGUGGCUCCUUCAGUGUCCCAUAACCAAGUCCAGAGAGACGUGAACAUCACAACUCAUAUUCACGUGCAACCAUCCUCAGCAGUCAACACAGACGGCUAAUCGAUGAACUCAACCUUAAGGAGCCCCUUCUAGAUGACAACUGCAAGAGGAGGAUGGAGCGCUCUCUCAGAUCAACUUAAAUAUGAGCAAGAAGAGGAUGGAGCGCUCUCUCAGAUCAACUUAAAUAUGAGCAAGAAGAGGAUGGAGCGCUCUCUCAGAUCAACUUAAAUAUGAGCAAGAAGAGGAUGGAGCGCUCUCUCAGACACUUACAAAUGGAGCAGGACCUAAAUACCUAUCGGACAUGCUUCAGCAGUACACACCUUCUCGUCCCCUCAGGUCCCAG